AUGCGGAAGACCGUGGCGAUGCUGAAGCGGGGGGCCACGGCAGAGAACGUGGCUGAGCAGGUCGCCAAGGUGAAGAAGGUCUUCCAGUCCCCGUUGCUCCCGCCGGCCUUCCAGCAGCUCCACGCCGAGACGCAGGCCGAUCGCCAGAGGAAGCGGCGCCACUUGGGCAACGCUGCAUGGUUCAACCUUCUGAUCGGGGUCAUGCUCUGUGUGAACACCAUCGUCGUGGGCAUCGAGACCGACUACUCCCGGGGACGGCAGCUCGAGGACCGUUUGGCCUUCUUCGUCAUCGAGACCUUGUUCGCGGUGACCUUCUUCACCGAAGUGAUGAUCAGGAUGCAUCACCUCGGCUGGGAGUAUGCCAUCGAUCCUUGGAACAUCUUCGACUACUCCUUGGUCGUCUUUGGCUGGACAGACGUCUUGGUCUCUGUCACGGACACCGGCAGCGGCGGCAUGCGGCUGGCCUCGUCCCUGCGGCUCUUCCGGCUGCUGCGGGUGGUGCGGAGCAUUCGGGGGAUCAAGGUCUUAGCAGGUCUUUGGGUGGUGAUCCAGGGGCUCUUGGACUCCUACCGCACGGUGCUUUGGGUAGCCUUCGCGAUGGCGAUCUUCCUGUUUUGCUUCGGCGCGGCCGUGUGCGUCCUUGGGGGGCAAGAUCGUUUCGCCUUCGAGCAUUGGUACAUGGGCCAUAUGUAUGUGGGCUCGGUGCUCCGUUCGAUGUUCACCAUGCUCCAGGUGGCCACCUUCGACAAGUGGGCGGAGAGCGUGGCUAGGCCGCUCUUCCACGUGGCUCCGAUGGCGACUCCGGUGCUUUUCGUUUGCAUCUUUGUCAUGAGUUUUGGCACUCUGAACAUCUUGGUGGCAGUCAUGGUCGAGCGGAUCUCGGUGAUCACCGCAGACCGACGGACCCAUGCGGAGCAGGCAAGAGUACGGAUGGAAGCAUAUAUGCUGGAAUCCAUGGUGGACGACUUGCACGCGAAUGACAAGGAUGGUAGUGGAGACCUGUCACAGAAGGAGUUCAAGAAGAUCAUCAGGAUUCCGGGCCUCGUCAAGAAGCUAGGCUUGCUGGGCAUCACCAUCGAAGAGGCGGAGAGUCUCUUUGAGAUCAUGGAUGUGAACCACAGCGGAACGGUCACGCCGGAGGAGUUCAUCGCCGGACUGCAAAAGAUCAAAGGGCAAGCCAAAGGACAAGACAUGGUGCAGCUCAUUUGCUACGCUCAGCGGCAGGUGGUUCGAUCUGCGCAGUAUGUCUCGAGGAUGAAGUUCUUGAACAUGCAGGUGGAUCACGUCCAAGAACGGCUCAAUGCUUCAGGCAUCUCGUUGCAGUUUGAGUCGGGCGACCGAAUCAAGACCGCCGAGCGCAACGAGAUGGUGACCACCAGUGCCGCCCAUCGAGAGCUCCUCCUUUUCAAGCUGGACGCUGAACGGCAGUCAGCCUAUCCUGUGGUCCAGGAUGUGAGGUGGCGGAAAGAGUACGGCCAAAGAGCUCAGCAAGGUGUGCAUGAGCCUUUGCUUCCCACUCAGAUCGGCUUUUUCGCCGCUUCUGGCGCCCAAGAAGGAGGGGCAAAUCUGGUCCUCACUGCCUUGGUGACCUUUGACCAGCAAGACUUGGCCGCUUCUCAUCUCCACCGUCUCGGCUCCGCAGCGCUCGCGCUGCGCGUGUUGCCGACGCAGGUGCCUCCACUGGAGUUGCCGGGACGAUCAAAAGAAGUGUCCGCCCUCACAGAGAGAGGUGGUGAGGCGGAGGCCGUCGCCCGGACCUUCCGCUUCGCGCGCCAGUGCGCCGCCCAGAAGCUGCCCAUGCCCAACUUGAAAAACUUCACCUUGGGCGCCGCCACUCCUUUGACGGUGCCCAACUGGUCCCUAGGCGAUGAACCCUUGCUGGCUUUGGCCUCCAGUCCUUUGCGGGAGAACGUCGCCAGGGUCGAGGAAGGCAACUUCCGCGGGAACAGGCUCAGCAACAAAGGAGUGGAGGCUCUCGUCUCGUCCCUGGGCUCGCACCUCACGACGCUGAACCUCUCGGCCAACGGCUUCGACGGCCAAGGUGUCGAGUCGAUCUUGAGUUUCAUUCGCCGGGCUCCAAAGCUCACGGACGUGAACUUGUCGGGCAACAAGCUCUCGGACAACUCGGUCUCACGGUUGUGCCUGCAGCUCUCGCAGCACUGCCCGCGCCUGCAGCGGCUCAGCCUUUCGGAUGUGCAGAUCGGCUGGGAUUUGGACACUGGGGCGGCCCUUGGAAGCCUGGUCACCACCUUGAGGAUGAAGAGCUUGGAUGUGAGCUUCAACACCCUUCAUGGCCAAGGAGCCGUCGAGUUCCUGAAGAGCUUGCCGUCCUCCAGGCUCAGAUGCUUGGACAUGAGUUGGAACUGUUUGGGCAAGGGUGAGCUCACAAGGCAAGUGGCAGAGGAGCUUUCUCAGGUGUUUCAGCGGUCAGAAAGUCUUCAGCAUUUGGAUAUCUCCUACAACAGCUUCCAAAGUCAGGAGCUAGAGAUCUUAUCGCGCGGCCUGGCCACCAACCGCACCUUGUGGGGCUUGCACAUCGAUGGCAGUGGUGCCUAUAUGGAUGCGGAUGGGUUCUUGAUCCCGCCGGCGGAGUUCUACAUUGAACAGCCCAGGAUGCCGCGGGCGAAGAAGAAAUCGAAGGCCACGAAAAAGCCCAAAGCGCCGAAGAAGGAGACGGAGCAAGAGAUCAGUGUGGCGGGCACGCUGCUCUCGCCACAGGAGCUGGAGGCACGCGUGGGCGCACUGCAAGCCCAGAUGGAGUUACAGGACCUGAUCCAGGAGUAUCACCAGCGGAAGGAACAAGAAGAGAAGGAGCAGGUGGAGGUGGCGCGGCAGGACACCAUCGUAGCAUCCCGGAUGCUGCAGGAUUUCUCGGACACCAGGAUGCCGCUGUCCUUGCCCGAGCUGAUUCGCAGGCACGUCCGAUCCGAUACGUGGAGCCUUUGCAUCACCCUCCAUCCAACAGGUCUUGCAACAGAUCGAGGUUGA